AUGACAACUAUCAAGGUUCUCUGGUGUGAUUACGAAGGCUUCCAGGGGCCGAAGGACGUCGAGGUUCUCGAAGAGACUAGAACUAUCUACCCAGAGCAAAUCGACCAGAAGAGGCACGAUGUAGGUCACAUCUACGCCGAUGAAAACACCCAUCUCUACAACCAGGAUCUCGCGGUCUGGAGAAACGACUUGGAGGACAACAUGGACGAGGACAAGAAGCGCAAGAAGCGCAAGAGGGGCAAGAGGGGCAAGAAGCGCAAGGAGGGAGAGGAGGGCGAGGAGGGCGAGGAGGGCCCUACAGGCUACGAGCAGGUGCGCGACUACCAGCACAUGCUGACGCUGUUCAACUACGCCCUCACCACGGCGCCGGCGUGGAACGAUAAUUCCUAUAGCAUAGGCAUCGGCUUUGCUUUCUUCCUCGAUCCGGAUGUCAACGCCAUGCUGAAGAAGGUCCUAAAUGCCUGGGCUGAAUACCUCUCUUCCCUAGCCGCCACCUACGUCCUCGGCGACGACUCCACCGGCAGGUUCAGCUCGCACUGCACUGAGGAUCUAGCCGCUACCGCAAACAUCGGCCAGACAUCCUACUCAUUCGACGAUCUCAUUCAAUGCGAUCCGUCCAAAGAGCACCGCAGCUUCAAAUCCUGGGACCACUUCUUCACGCGGCACUUCCACGAGGACAAGCGACCCGUCGCAUCCCCGGACGACGACCGCGUCAUCGCGAACGCGUGCGAGUCCAAGCCGUACAAUGUCGCCAAGAAUGUCUCCACCCGUGACAAGUUCUGGAUGAAGGGCCAGGCGUACUCUGUCGUUGAUAUGCUGGCGCAUGAUCCGCUGUACGAGCACUUUGUGGGCGGCACGAUCUACCAAGCUUUCCUCUCCGCGCUGAGCUAUCACCGCUGGCACGCGCCCGGGACGUACUUCUCCGAACCGCUGUUCGAAGGCCUUGGUGACCCUGACAGCGACAAGAUCAACGAGGGCGGGGAGAGCAAUGGACAGGGCUAUCUCACUGCAACAGCAACGCGCGCUAUUAUCUUCUUCGAGGCCGACAACAAGGAUCUGGGUCUGCCAGACGUCUGUUUCCUGGGAAUCGGCAUGACGGAGGUCAGCGCAUGCGAGAUGACGGUGAAGGAGGGCCGGCGCGUCGGGAAGGGGGAUGAGAUUGGCGUGUUCCGUUAUGGAGGCGGCGCGCGCUGUGUCUUGUUCAGGGAGGGUGUUGAGUUGGAUGAGUUCCCGCAGGUUGGGCAGGAUCACAAUGUCCCGGUGAGGGCGAGGCUGGCUGUGGUGAAGAAGAGUAAUUAGCAGGAUGGCGAGGCUGGCAAGACGGUCUGCGGCUCCGUUCCAACGCAGCC